CACAGUGACUUCAACUCCAGUACAAAGUAUCAGAUCAGAAGGUGUGGGGAAGAAGCACAGGAGGAAGCUUCAGAAAUCUCUCUAAAUCAGUGGCUCCUGAGACCUUCACUAAAAAUGGAGGGAAGUGAUUGUGAUGCUGAUGCCAAAAUGGAAGAAGAGACCUCACAGAAUGAAACAGAAGAACCUGAAAAGGAGUCAUCUGAUGACACAGUAUGCCAAUUUUUUCUUGCAGGAACAUGUAGAUUUGGCGACAGAUGCCGAAACACUCAUAUCGCUGCAUCUGAUGCUUCUGAACAACCUACUGCUAAUAAAGACAACGUAAGCAAAGACAAGAGCCACAGUAAACGAAUAGGAAAAAAGCCUCCUAUGAAGACAGCCAGUGAUGUCAUCUCCAGAAUCCAAUGGGACCCACAUUUACCCAAGGAGCAUUUUUUAAUUGGUUAUCUUGAUAGAUUUGUGGGGGUAAUUGAAAAACCAUUCUCAGAGUUUUGUUGGGAAGAUUUAGCUUCAGCUGGGAUAGAUGUCCUUGCCAUACCUAAACACCGCAUCCAGUACUUUAAAUAUCAAGAACUGGUGGUCUGGGACAAAACGAAUCGCACAGAUAAUGUGUUUGGUUCAACAGGAAGCGGAUUGACAAUCUUAGACGUAAUUGCACAGCACGAAACUCUGGUACAAACAGAACAGAAUGAUAAGGAAGAGAUGAAACAAGUGGCCCUUGAUUUGUCGGAUGAAGAAGAAGACUGCGAGAAUAGUACCCAAGAUUAUCAUUUGCAGAAACAAAGCACUAAAAAAGUAAGGCCUACUCACUUUAUAGCAGUCCGUAUUAGCAGCGAAGAAGUGAGAAGCACUGUAAAAGAGGUACAAGAUGUUCUGAUAAAACAUAACACAGAAAUAGCACCAUUCCUUACUCCUCUGCCAGAACUUCAUUUAACAUUGUGCCUUUUGCAUUUGGUCACUUCAGAUGAAAUGGAAAUUGUUCAUACUGUCCUUCAAGAAAUUAGGACUGAAAUUCAGAGGAUCCUUUCUCCAAGCUUCAUUUUAAGCUUCGAUGGACUGAAAGAUUUUCAUUCACGUGUGCUCUAUUUGGCACCCAUGUUUGUACCAGGACUGUCAAGCUUUGUGGAAAAUCUAAACCAAAGGUUUCGCAGCAAUGGCUUAGUAGUCAUAGAUCCACCAACUCCCUCCAGCUUCCAUCUGACCAUAGCUAAAGUACCUAGAAGUUUGGCCAGUAAAAAUCCCAGCCUCCGUUUCCUACCAGAGGUUUACAACAAUAUCCAGAUUACUCAUUUCGGGGCACAACAUAUUGACACCGUUAGCUUUUGCCAUGCCAGGAGUUCAAGAUGUACUGAUGGAUUUUAUACAACACUUCUAGAACUGCCACUGUACUAAUACAUAUGGCUGUACACUAAACAAUCUGGCUAAUUUGUUUUAUAAAAGAAUAACAGAAAAGUCUGUUGGGAGCAGCAACCAAUUGGUUUCCAGCUGUUCUUUUUAGAAUAAAAAAUGGAGAUCUGCUUUGGAUAAUAGUCUUAUUUUCUUUUACUCCUAGGUGUUCAAAAUAAAAAGCCUCUGAUUCUGACAACUGUGCAAUAAAUGUUAAAACCUUA